ACUUAUAAAGAAUAUCGUGUUUCACUUUAUGACAUGUCUGGUUUGAAACCACAGAUUCUCCUUGGAGCUCCCAGCAUUGUUGUUUUUGGAAGUGAUCUGAAGGAACAUCAGUCUGUCACUAUAACCUGCUCAGCUCAUACUCCCUGUUUACCUUCACCUCCUGAACUCACCUGGAAUCUCAAAAAGGACACUCUCGGACAAAUACUGAAAAAGACUGAUGGAAGCUUUACAACUAAACUCCAGGAGACCAUCACUCUGUCAGACAAGCAUGAUGGAUACAACAUCAGCUGUACUGCUAGAUAUCCUGUGAAAGGAGGAUUCAAACAGGUAGAGUCAGUAAGGACUCUCAGUGUUUCAUAUGCUCCUAAAGACACCUCAGCAACCAUCAGUCCAUCAGGUUUGGUGUCAAAAGGUAUCAGGGUGGCGUUGAGCUGCUCCAGCAGAGGCAACCCUCCCAUUACCAGCUACACCUGGUUCAAGCACCGCAAACGUGGAGACAUUAAAUUAUCCGUGGCAAAGGUUUACAGCUUCUUUGCUACUGAGCGAGCAAACUAUUACUGUGAGGCCAAAAAUAUGCUUGGUAGUGAGAAAUCGAAAACCAUCUGUAUUGACAUCAUUGAUGCUCCUUUGACUCCCAGAAUUGAUAUCCCUUUUGGUGAUCUGAAGGAGGGCCAGUCUGUCACUAUAACCUGCUCAGCUUCAACUCCCUGUCCACUCUCACUUCCUGAACUCACCUGGAAUCUCCAACAAGACUCUCUCAGACAAACAGAGAAAAACACAGAGGGAAUCUUUACAACUAAAAUCCAGAAGAACAUCACUCUGUCAGACACACAUGAUGGAUACAACAUCAGAUGUUCCUCCAGACAUCCUGCGGCUGAAAAAAGCAACAUAGCAAAGACAGAAGUGACUCUCAGUGUUUCAUAUGCUCCUAGAAGCACCUCAGCAUCCAUCAGUCCAUCAGCUUUGGUGUCAGCAGGUAGCAGGGUGGAGCUGAACUGCUCCAGCAGAGCCAAACCUCCACCCAGAUUCACCUGGUUCAGGAACAGCAAACGUGGAUUCAUUAAAGUGGCUUCAGUGUUCAGUAUGAGCUUCAGUGCUGCUGAGCGAGGAGACUAUUACUGUGAGGCCACAAAUAGGCUUGGUAGUGAGAAAUCGAAACGCAUCUGUCUUGAUCUCAUUGAUGCUCCUUUGACUCCCAGAAUUGAUAUCCCUUUUGGUGAUCUGAAGGAGGGCCAGUCUGUCACUAUAACCUGCUCAGCUUUCACUCCCUGUCCACUCUCACUUCCUGAACUCACCUGGAAUCUCCAACAAGACUCUCUCAGACAAACAGAGAAAAACACAGAGGGAAUCUUUACAACUAAAAUCCAGAAGAACAUCACUCUGUCAGACACACAUGAUGGAUACAACAUCAGAUGUUCUUCCAGACAUCCUGCGGCUGAAAAAAGCAACAAAGCAGAGACAGAAGUGACUCUCAGUGUUUCCUAUGCUCCUAGAAACACCUCAGCAUCCAUCAGUCCAUCAGCUUUGGUGUCAGCAGGUAGCAGGGUGGAGCUGAGCUGCUCCAGCAGAGCCAAACCUCCACCCAGCUUCACCUGGUUCAGGAACAACAAACAAGGAGUCACUAAAGUGUCUACGGAGCAGGUUUACAGCUUCAGUGCUGCUCCUACUGAAGAAGGAGACUAUUACUGUGAUUCCACAAAUGAACUUGGUAGUGAGAAAUCGGAAAGCAUCUGUAUUGACAUCGGCGAUGCUCCUUUGACUCCCAGAAUUAGUAUCUCUACUUGGAAUCUGAAGGAGCAUCAGUCUGUCACUGUAACCUGCUCAGCUUCAACUCUCUGUCCACACUCACCUCCUGAACUCACCUGGAAUCUCCAACAAGACUCUCUCAGACACACAGAGAGAAACGCAGAUGGAACCUUUACAACUAAAAUCCAGAAGACCAUCACUCUGUCACACAAACAUGAUGGAUACAACAUCAAAUGUUUCACCAGACAUCCUGCGGCUAGAAAAAGCAACGCAGCAAAGACAGAAGUGGCUCUCAGUGUUUCAUAUGCUCCUAAAAACACCUCAGCAUCCAUCAGUCCACCAGAAGGUCACUGGGUGGAGCUGAACUGCUCCAGCAGAGCCAAACCUCCUCCCAAAAUCACCUGGUUCAAGAAAGGCCCGGAAAGUACCACUGAAGUAGCUACAGGCAACUUUCACAAGGUUAAAUUCACUGGUGGCGAUCAGUACUACUGUGUAGCUGCAAAUAAGCUGGGAAAACAGAAAUCAUCACCGAUCAAUCUCACAGUAAAAGGUACAAACGGACUUGGAACCUGGAUUCUUGCAAUAAUAGGGGCCGUGGGAAUGGUAGUUCUUGGCAGUACAGUCUUCAUCCUUGACACCUGGUUCAUUCACUCCUAAUCCAGUCAAGCUCAUGAGUUGUGUUUGUGUGAAGCAGUAAAAAUAAAAUGCUGCAACUCUCUCAGCCACUGAUUGGUGUAUGAAAUAGUUUCUGC